AUGUCUUCUCGGAUCCUGGAGAACGAAUCCGCUUCUUCGAUCAAAAAGCUUAAAUCUGAUUCAAAUAUGUCGGCGUAUAGUUCCGAUUAUGUUGAAACCUCUGAAUCAUCUGAUUCAGAUAGCGAGGAGGAUAGCGGAACCGAUUCAAAUUAUGAAGAGCCUCUGCCAAAGAAAAAGAAACUGGUCAGAAUGAUGAAAACACUCAAAAAUCAUCAAGAAGAUCAAGAAGAAGGUUCCGGAAAUAAAGAUGGCAACUCCCAAGAAGUAAAGAAAAUGCCGAUGAAAAGAAAAAUAGCGGAAGUUCUACUCACAAAAAAUAAAACAAUUAAUCGAUUUCUGAAAUACCGACAAAAGAAAGAUCAAAACAAUGAAAAAUAUCUUAAGAUCAACAAAGAAAUCAGUAAAAAGUUAGAGGAAGAGUUCAAAAUAAAUCCGAAUCCAACGACAGAAAGGAAAAAAGAAAUCGCAGAGGCCAACAAGUUGGGAUUACGAGCAGUUACCAACUGGUUCUUAAAAACAAGGCGUGAAGCUGAAAAUCCCGAGAAGUGGAAAGAAUUGAAUGAAAAGAAACGAAUUUCGGAUCGUGAGCGUCGUAGAAGAAAAAAAGCUGAGCUUCUCCAGAAGAAAAUUUGGACCAACUUCCGAAACCCAAGAGUACAACAACUCUUCGAUAACACACAUAACACCAACAACUAUAGUAAUCAACAAGGGCAAAACACGCCAAGAUAUCCAACUAACACCGAAUACUCUAAACAACCUGAACAUUCGGCAUACAGAGGAAACUCUCAAGAUGCCCGUAAUGCGCAGAAUCCAGAAACCAAUCUGGAACGUUCGAGAAGUCAUAACAAUGAGUCCGUCUCAAAUCAACAACGGUUUCUUCAAAAUUAUCCACGCUUCACUAGUGAGUCCAACCACCAAUUAGAAUCGAAGGUGAACAGCAACAUCGACCAAACUACAUGCGAACUCUGCCAAGGCAGAUAUCCUCUCUCCGCUUGCACAGUGAAUAAGGAUGUACUCAUGAGAUACUGUGCCACGACAGGGAGAUAUGGAAUGUACGUCCCUCCUAUACGCAAUCCGCAACUGUCCUCUACGUCUGAUGAAAAAGGAAGACGCCGAAUGAAAAUUGGAAAAGCCUAUGAAAAAAAAUGUGUACUGGAGGGAGUGUAG